CUCGAAGAGUCUGGUAUUGCUUUGCGCGGACUAUUCAUAAUUGAUCCCAAAGGCAUUGUCCGACAGAUCACUAUUAAUGACUUACCCGUCGGACGCUCUGUUGAUGAAACCCUGAGACUCAUAAACGCGUUUCAAUUUUAUGAGAAACACGGAGAAGUAUGUCCGGCCAAUUGGAAACCAGAGGCGCCUACUAUUAAUCCCAAGAAAGCAAGUGAUUAUUUUGAACGCAAUAAUUAAAUUCUCAUAUUCUUCUGGACUUCUUAUGUCUAAACUUUGAAAUUGUUUACAAAUCUCAC